AUGAAAAGUGAACAUAUCAAAACAUGGCGACCACGUUAUUUCGUAUUACGUCAUGAUGGUUGUUUUUACGGUUAUCGUAAACCUUUAUCAAGUACAAACGAUCGUGCAGAUACAACUGUAAAUAACAGUCAACAGAAUACAAAACAACAAAAUGAAGAGCCAUUAAAUCGUUUUCAUAUCACUGAUUGUAACAUCGUUCGUCAUGAUAAAGCAAAACCAAAUGCAUUUGUUUUACAACUUAAUCAAAUGAAAAUUGAACGAUUAUUUGCUGCUAAUACUCAGCAAGAACGUGAAGAAUGGAUAAAUGCAAUACAAAUAAUUAAUCGUCAAUAUUCAUCACCAUCGUUGCGUCAAGAACCGUCACGUCAAUUUUCAUUGAUUCAACAACAUCGUAGUAUGAUAAAUGAUGAUAAAAUGGAUGAUGAUGCACAAAAAAUAAGUUAUGAAAAUGUUUUUGCUCGACGACCGCAAAUAAAUGAUUUUGAAUAUUUAAAAAUACUCGGACGUGGUACGUUUGGUAAAGUUGUUCUGUGUCGUGAACGAACAACACAGCGAAUAUUUGCUAUGAAAAUGUUAAGAAAAAGUUUAGUUAUUACAAAUAAUGAAGUUGUUCAUACGUUAGCAGAAAACAAAAUUUUACGUAAUAUUAGACAUCCAUUUAUAACAAAUUUAAUUUGUGCAUUUACCACCAGUGAUCGUUUGUGUUUGGUUAUGGAAUGUGUCAAUGGUGGAGAAUUAUUUUUCCAUUUAUCAAAAGAAAAACGUUUUUCAGAAGAGCGUACACGAUUUUAUAUAGCUGAAAUUGCAUGUGCAAUUGGUUAUUUACAUUCACGAAAAGUCAUCUAUCGUGAUGUUAAGCUUGAAAAUAUCUUACUCGAUCGUUUUGGUCAUAUUAAAUUGGUUGACUUUGGUUUAUGCAAAAUGAAUAUGCCAUCUGGAUUUCAGACAUCAACAUUUUGUGGUACUCCUCAGUAUAUUGCACCAGAGAUAUUACGUAUGACAUCUUAUUCAAAUGCCGUUGAUUGGUGGGGCCUAGGAAUUGUGAUGUACGAAUGCCUAAUUGGACGUUUACCAUUUGCCGAUAGUAAAAGUCAAGAUGGUUUAUUUCAGAAAAUUUUAAAUCAAGAACCAAAUUAUCCAGUAAAUGAAAUCUCACCAAAUGCAUUGGAUUUAAUUAAGAAAUUUUUGAAAAAAGAACCAUUAGAAAGGAUUGGUUCAACCGCUGGUGAUGUUGUCGAAGUUGAAAAACAUCCAUUUUUCCAUAAUAUAUCAUUUAAAUUAUAUGAGGAAAAAAAAAUUGAACCAUUAUUUAAACCUGAACUUGAUUCCGAUACUGAUACACGUUAUUUUGAUACUGAAUUUACGAGCGAGCCCGUUUGUAUUACGCCACCAGGAAGUACAGAAUCUCUAGCUGCAAUAGGAGUGAAUGGUAACAUUGAUGAUACAUUUGAACGUUUCACGUAUAUUGGAAGUGAAGGUGUUAGUCAUUAUGCUUCUCGUUCAUUGAUAUCCACAACAUCAAGUAUUCAAAAUUUAUCACAUUCCAAUAUUUAUUUGGACGAUCCUGAUUUUUAUCAUAAAAAUCCCCACCAAAGUAUCUCAAAUAUAUCGCAACCACCGACUAGUGGUGGUUUUAUCUAUCAACAUUUACCUCAACAAUACUCAGUUUCAACAAUGAAUGUUCAUUCAUCAUCUACACAAAGAACAAUGAAAAAUGCGACGAGUAUGCAACAAUUAAAAGGUACACCAGAUGUAGGCGAUACAGAAUUAAUGGUUGUUGAUACACAUCAAUCAAACGGAGAAAAUAAUACUCAAUCAACAUUAUCUAUACCCGAUUUGUAUCAGCAACAAUUGAUAAAUGAACGUUUAUUAUGUAUACAACAAAUGUUAGCUUCUGGACAAAAUUUUUCCACGAUGUUUAAUGAUGAUCCAGAAUUUGCUCAACAAAUAAUGAAUUAUUUAGAUCCAAAUACAAAUAAUAGCCAAAUGAUGAAUGAUCAAACUGAAACAAUGGACGAGUAA